AACCCACUGGUUGUAGAGUCCGGCAAAGUGUCGAACUGAAGACUGAAGUGAAGAGGAAGUGCUUUUUAAAAAUGGAAAUAUAAGAAGUGAGACUUUAAGUUUCCCUACAGCGGAGCAGAGGGAGAAGGUGAGCGGGCUCUUCUGGCCACGGUGUUGUCCGGUGAAGGGACGGUUCAGAUGUGUUUACUAACAGCAUCGCCUGCCUGCAUGGACGGAUAACGUUACUUGUUAAUCCGUGUGCAGUUGGGAGACAGGCCAGCCAUGCCCGCCCAACCCCCUGUGCGGGAGCCAGAGGAGGAGAUGGAGGCAGAAGGAGAGUCACAACUCCCUGAGGCCAACGGAGAGGUGGAGCAACCGAGAGAUAACGAAAGAGGAGGAGAGGAGACCAUGGAGGAGAGCACGGAGGAAAGGGACAGUGACUUGGAUGAGACUGAAGAGGAGGAGGAGGAAGAGGAGAGUUCAGAGAUGGAUGAUGAAGACUGUGAGCGGAGGAGAGGGGAAUGUCUAGAUGAGAUGUUGGAUCUGGAAAAACAAUUUCAGGAGCUGAAAGAGAAGUUGUUUCGGGAGCGGCUGAACCAGGUCAAAGUGAAGCUGGACGAGGUGCUGACGGGGAAGGCUGGAGAAUACAGAGAACCACUGGCUGCACUACAGAACAGCAUGCAGAUACGAACACAAGUGGCUGGAGUGUACAAGGAGCUGUGUCUACAGGUGAUCAAACACAAAUACGAGUGUGAACUACAAGGAGCAAGGCAGCACCUGGAGAGCGAACAGACGUUGCUGUUUGAUGCUAUGAAGACAGAACUGCUGGAAAAGAUACGGAGACUGGAGGAGGACAGACAGAAUAUAGACCUCACCUCAGAAUGGAGUGACGAGAUCAAGAGCAAGAAGUGUAAAAGAAAGAACCUGCUGGGUCGGUCGGAGAGGAAAAAGAAAGUAGCUCUGGUUUCAGGGCCUUUCAUUGUCUACAUGUUGAGAGACAUUGACAUCCUCGAAGACUGGACUGCUAUCAAGAAGGCAAAAGCAGCACUGUUGCCACUAAAGAAGAAAGUUGAAAAGCGGUGAUGAUAGGAGCAUCUUAUUGAAGACCAGUGGCAAAGACACCAAACUUAACACACACACAUUCCCAGCUACUUCCACUAACAGUUACGGUUUGUCUCCUUUGAUCCCAGCAACCCCACUGCUUGUUUGUUAUCUAUUGCUAUUUAAAAUAAGUUCUUAAUGAUAUGACAACCAUGUAUUUAUAGAAUGAUUUAUAAGGGUGAUUAAAAUUUUAAUCUUUUGUGACACAAGGUUUUGCAUGUUCCUCUGCUUCUCUUGUGAUCUGUGUGUGUGAUCACUUCCUACCCCAGAGUUUUAUGGCUGUACAAAAAGAAAUUGAGAUUUUUACCCAAAAAUACCAUAUUUAAUGACAUUUUACUACUGUAUACGUAUCGUUACUGUAAGAGUUUUAGGAGCAUUGUUUGGAGAGAGUAAAAUUAAAGAUUAAAGUCUAAAUAUUUGAGUAAUAAAGUUGAAUAAAAAGUUUUAAAAAACUUG